UCCUCUAAGGCAGUCAGUCAUUUUAAAAAAAAGUUCGCGCUUAGCCGUGAAGUGUGCCAAUAAAAAAUACGCGCGAUAGAAACAAAAAAACCAAUACCUACCUACACAAGAAGAAGUGUGAUAAAAUAAACUCUCAUUGAUAAGAUACGAGUUUAUUAUAUAUUUUUAAACCCGCAACUGUGAUCGAUUUUGAGUUGCACUUUUUCCUAGUCCCAUUUAAUAGUUGUGAUAAGAAAAUUUGUAUUAUGUUUUCAACAAAUACAACAACAAUAAUGAAAAAAAAUCCAAAGUCUGAUGUGUAAUUAUUUAUUAUUAAACUUUUUGUUUACUUACCUUGGGUUCAACAAAAGUUGUUAAGUGGCAACUACAUUUUUAUAAUAAAUAAAAAAGUCGUUUGCGCAUACAAUUUUCUUCAGAUACAUUUCGUCAUAAUAAAAAAAAACUUCAUAUAAUUAAAUAAUAAUUGGAACUGAAAGAAGAAAACGAACAUUACCUACUAUAAAAUAAAAAAAAAAUACAAAAAUGGCACACUUACACCAAAUGGCAGCUAAAAAACUUCCCUCCAUCCUCAUCAUCACAACAAUCAUUCUAGGAUUAGUUUCAACCCAAAACAUUACCGAACAAAAUACCAAUUUAACCGUCAUCAUCACAUCAACUACCACCACAACACCAACACCAGCUACCCCUAAACUACUUGCCUUAGAUAUAACUACAAUUCAGCCAAGCAGUACAAAAAAUCAGACGACAGUACUUACCCCUGCCGAGGAUAGCACUAUCAUACCCGAACCAAGAUUAUUACAAAAUAUUUUACCAUCAAGCGAAAAACCACCCGAUACUACGACGACUAAUUCAAAUUCAAGUCAACCAAUAGCAACACGAACUAGAAAAAUUCCUCCAGAUUGUUCACAUCGACGUAAAAAUCGUAAACAACCACAAAAUACUGAAUCGUCGAAAAUGAGAAAAUGCUGUCCAAAUGGUGAGACGCUAGUUUCGGAGGAUGAUGGUGAUCAAAUUGUACAAGUUUGCAAAGCUCAAUCUGGAGAAUUUGCUCCUGAAGUCAUUUCUGUGGAGCUUUAUGAAAAUUGCAUUGAAGAUCUGGAAGAGCCGAUAACACUAGAAAUCGAGGUCGGAAACCCUUGCAAUGAUGGUUCGAUAUAUUCAGCCAGUACUGGCGAUCGUCUAACCGUGAUUCAAGAUGGUUCCCUACUGAUCAUGGAUAGCUUCUAUAACGAAUCAUACACCGUAGAAUCCAACUACUGCCUCGACACAAACAUUGACACUGGAGAAUUGUACGCAAUUGUCUGUGUCUCAGCAACCGAUGAUCACCUAAGUCGGGGACAGACAAUCCUAUACACAUGUUUCAUGAUUGUUUCAAUACCAUGUCUUUGCUUGGUGAGCUUUUUACACUUUGCCAUUAAAGAGCUCCGUUCUGUGCAUGGCUUAUCUUUGGGAGUUAUGUCAUCCUGCAUGGCCAUUGGAUUCACUUUGCACACAUUUGCUCAAUUUUCGGACGCGGGAAAGGCUUGGAUAGGCUUCGCUGUGCAGUUUUUCAUGUUGGCCUACUUUUUCUGGCUGUUUUGUCUGUGUUGCAAUGUGGUCGUACAUGUUUGCUACUACCUGCCCAACAAAGUUAUCAUAAAUCGAACAAUUCGUUAUUGUCACUUCAACACGUAUUGCUUGAUAGCUUUUUCGUUUCCAUUUGCCUUGGUUUUGUGGACCAAUUACAAGGGACUACCUGGAAUGCCAUCCUAUUUCUUCCAGGGUUUCACGGAAUCGGUUCGUGAAUCUCAGCGUUAUUUCAUCCCACCCGUUACGAUAAUUUUGCUUUUGAGCUUCGUAAUGUUGGUUGUCUCAUUCUUUGGUUACAAGUAUUUGGACACAAUCAACUUCCGUUAUGCGACGUAUCAACAAGUUUAUUCCCAGACAACGUUACCGAUUCAUAUCUACGAUCAGGAGAGUUAUCAAGAGAUACGAAAAGAUACAAAGUGCAUAUGUUGCCUCUAUGUCAUCACAAUAAUCACAUGGAUUCUCGAAGUUGUAACAUUCUACUCGCCUGGACCAGAUAGUUCAAAUGCAUUCAUGGAAAUCAUAAAUGCUUUGCAAGGUGCAUUUAUUUUAAUGAUAUUUAUUGUUGUACGUCGACGUAGAAAUGCAAUUGUUCGAUGGUGGCAUGGACGUGGACCACAUGGAUUGACAGCGGUUCCAAUGAAAGAUUUAGUUCCUGUGGAGAAUAGGCCACCACCAGAAAGUAGUUAAAAUCCUGCUGCCUUUUGUUUUAAGACUGAACAAACAAAAAAAUAUAUAUAAAACAAAAAACAGAAGUGCCUUUUAAAAUGGUUGUCAUUGUUGUUGUUGUUGAGACUUUUUAAGAAUUAAAAAUAUUUUAGCUGAAAUAUAUACCAAUACCUAUUAUACGU